UUGAGAAGGGGGCCCUCAAGAGACACAAAAUACAUGUCCCUGCACCACACCCUUUUUACUCCGCAAUGAGUUAAGGCUGUCAACAGCCAGGCCACCUCGCAGCGCCCGCGGAGGUGCAGGCCCGCCCCGCCCGGGUGUGGCGCUGUCCGCGGGACGCGGGGCGGGGGAGGAGGGGCGAGCGGAGGCCGGGCGGGGCGAGCAGAGGCGAGCGGAGGACGCGUAGACGCGCAGCGGUCCCCGCCUGCCACCGCCCCGCUGCAGUCCCCGCUCCAGUCCACCCGGCGUUAGGAGCAGCCCGGGCGGCGCGACGGUCACCGCCAUGUCUGCGGCCAUGAGGGAGAGGUUCGACCGGUUCCUGCACGAGAAGAACUGCAUGACUGACCUUCUGGCCAAGCUCGAGGCCAAGACCGGCGUGAACCGGAGCUUCAUCGCGCUUGGUGUCAUUGGACUGGUGGCCUUGUACCUUGUGUUCGGUUAUGGAGCCUCUCUCCUCUGCAACCUGAUAGGAUUUGGCUACCCAGCCUACGUCUCAAUUAAAGCUAUAGAGAGUCCCAACAAAGAAGAUGAUACCCAGUGGUUGACCUACUGGGUAGUGUAUGGUGUGUUCAGCAUUGCUGAAUUCUUCUCAGAUCUCUUCCUGUCAUGGUUCCCCUUCUACUACAUGCUGAAGUGUGGCUUCCUGUUGUGGUGCAUGGCCCCAAGCCCUUCUAAUGGGGCUGAACUGCUCUACAAGCGCAUCAUCCGUCCUUUCUUCCUGAAGCAUGAGUCCCAGCUGGACAGUGUGGUCAAGGACCUAAAAGACAAAGCCAAGGAGACUGCAGAUGCCAUCACUAAAGAAGCCAAGAAAGCCACCGUGAAUUUACUGGGUGAAGAAAAGAAGAGCACCUAAACCAGACUGGAUGAAAACUUCCUGCCCUCUCUGUAUCUUCCUACUAGAGCCUGACGUUAUAUUAGGAACUGUGGUAUAAUUAUUUUAAUAAUGUUGCCUUGGAAACAUUUUCGAUAUAUUAAAGAUUGGAAUGUGUUGUAAGUUUCUUUGCUUACUUCAACUGUCUAUAUACAUAGGGAGUAUUUUAAACUUAAUGCAGUGGGCAGUGUGCAAGUUUUUGGAAAAUGUAUUUUGCCUCUGGGUAGGAAAAAUGUAUGUUACUAUCCUGCAGGAAAUAUAAACUUAAAAUAAAAUUAUACACCCCAUAGGCUGUGUACUUUACUGGGCUCUCCCUGCAUGCAUUUUCUCUGCAAUUACACUUAGAAUAAUCUUUAUGGUUCUACUCCAUGUAAUGCACAAUUUUAUAUAAUUCUGAAAUGUUUUUAAAGUAUUUGUGCACAUGUACAUACAGAAAUGUUACUGUCUGACUACAACAUGCAUCAUGCUCAUGAGGAGGGAGCAGGGGAAGGGUGUAUAUGCCAUUUAUAACUUCUGUACAGUAAGACCACCUGCCAAAAGCUGGAGAAACCAUUAUGCUGGUGUGGUCUACUAAAUUUAGAAAAUUAAUAUGUGAUUAAGAUGCAAAUGAACAAAGUGAAAAAUGAAAUCUAA